GCAUAAUAAGCGCUGAAUCUGACGUACCCUCUCUCUCUCUUGUAUUAUCUCUCUCUUGUGGGGUCUUUCUCUUCAUGUCUUGUCUUUUCACACUUUUUUCUCUCUCUGGUCCAUCUCUCUCUCUCUACAAAAAACCAUGAUAAGGUACUGCUUACUCCUGCAUUACACUGCACCUCGGUUUUCACUUCCUCUUUUUCUAACAACCCAUUUCCAACUUUGCUAUCUUUUCUUUCAUGGCCCAGAAUUUCUUACAUUCUUGUUAGAUACUCAAAGAGACAUUAUGAAGAUUUCAAGUUUCAAGAAACCGGAUGUCGGAUAUUCACUUGGAAAUGAAGGAUAGGCAACGGUGGAGAGCGGAAGAGGAUGCAUUAUUACGCGCUUAUGUCAAACAGUACGGUCCUAGGGAAUGGAACCUUGUAUCUCAGCGCAUGAACACGCCUCUUAAUAGGGACGCAAAAUCGUGUUUAGAAAGGUGGAAGAAUUAUCUCAAGCCAGGUAUUAAGAAAGGAUCUCUCACUGAGGAAGAACAACGCCUUGUCAUUAGCCUUCAAGCAACACACGGAAACAAAUGGAAGAAAAUCGCCGCGCAAGUCCCUGGUCGCACUGCUAAGAGGUUAGGGAAGUGGUGGGAAGUAUUCAAAGAGAAGCAACAAAGAGAAACAAAAGGUAGUAUUAACAGAACCGUCGACCCGAUUAACGAUAGCAAGUACGAACAUAUACUCGAAAGUUUUGCCGAGAAACUAGUAAAAGAGAGACCUUCACCUUCGUUUGUCAUGGCUGCAUCCAACAGUUCAUAUCUGCAUACCGAUGCACCACCAACACCGGGAUUGCUUCCUUCAUGGCUUUCGAAUUCCAACAAUGCCGCACCUGUUAGGCCAAAUUCACCAUCAGUGACAUUAAGCCUCUCUCCAUCGACAGUUACAGCGCCUCCUCCGUGGAUGCAGCAGCCCGUACGAGGACCAGACAACACGCCUCUUGUCCUUGGAAACGUAGCUCCUCAUGGAGCUGUUCUAUCUUACGGUGAAAACAUGGUAAUGUCUGAGUUGGUGGAUUGCUGUAAGGAGUUGGAAGAAGUGCAUCAUGCAUUAGCAGCACAUAAGAAAGAGGCGGCGUGGAGGUUAAGCCGAGUGGAGCUGCAGUUGGAAUCGGAGAAAGCUAGUCGAAGAAGGGAGAAGAUGGAGGAAAUUGAAGCGAAGAUAAAAGCUUUAAGGGAGGAACAAGCGGUUGCGUUGGAUAGAAUUGAAGGAGAAUAUAAGGAACAGUUAGCAGGAUUGAGAAGAGAUGCAGAAACCAAAGAGCAGAAACUGACCGAACAAUGGGCUGCAAAGCAUUUGCGCCUUACGAAGUUUCUAGAACAAGUAGGGUGUAGAUCAAGGCUUGCUGAACAAAAUGGAAGAUAAAGAGAGACAGAAACAUCAUUUUCAGCAUUGUGAUCUAAUCAAGGUUUUGUGUCUUUGAGUUAUAUGCAGUUUUAUGGUACUUGUUAGUUUUGGUCUUAUUCCUAUUUGGAAAAAAAAUGUUAUUAUAGAUGCCUAUUAAUAUCCUAUAUUUUCAUACAAGUUGAGGAAUUUUCAUUUGCAUUAGUGGUUGAUGUAGUGCAUAGUUACUACAUUAAUCUUUAUGGAGAUGAACAAUCUUAUAUUCAUAUGCCUUAGUAUGUUUAUCUAAUGGUUUUUUAUUUUUGGGUUUCUUUUGUAAUAAUCAAUCAACUUUGUGAAGAAGUGUUAUGAUAUAUGGUUUUAUGCACUUUAUUUCAUAAUUGAAGAUGAACUUGUAAAAUAAGUACUUGAAGAUACCAA